AUGGAGAGGAGACUGAACGUGACCCCGGAGGCGCUCAACAGGCUCCUGGAGGAGCACAACAUGACCAGGGAAGAGUUCAUUGCCGCCUACGGCCUCAAACCCCUCGUGUACAUCCCAGAGCUGCCCCCCAGUGCCAAGGUUGUCUUCCUGGUGCUCUACAUCAUCAUCUUCGCACUGGCUCUUCUGGGCAACAGCCUGGUGGUCUACAUCAUCAUCCGGCGGAAAGCCAUGAGAACAGCCACCAAUAUUUUCAUCUGCUCCCUGGCUUGCAGUGACCUGCUGGUCACUUUCUUCUGCAUCCCUUUCACUCUCCUGCAGAACGUCUCCUCCGAAUGGCUAGGUGGCCCUUUUGUGUGCAAGAUGGUCCCCUUCAUUCAGACCACCGCAGUUGUGGCCAGCACCCUUACCAUGACAUGCAUUGCUGUAGAGCGGUACCAAGGAAUAGUUCACCCACUGAAGAUGAAGAGACAGUACACAAACAAGAGAACCUACAAAAUUCUAGGAUUUGUAUGGACGAUUGCGGUCAUUGUUGGGUUGCCCAUGCUGUACGUUCAGACUCUGGAGGUGAAAUAUGACUUUCUCUAUAAUAUUCACCACGUCUGCUGCCUGGAGUCCUGGCAUAGCAUUGAGCUGCGCCGAGCCUACGCAAUCUUUAUCCUGGUGGCCUUGUUUCUGGUCCCACUCACUGCCAUGCUGAUGCUCUACUCCCGGAUAGGAUACGAGCUGUGGAUCAAGAAACGGAUUGGAGACUCUUCGGUGCUGAAUGCCCUGAGUCGCCACGAAAUGGCUAAAAUAACAAGGAAGAAGAAACGAGCCGUGAUGAUGAUGGUUAUUGUAGUGCUGUUCUUCGCUGCAUGCUGGGCACCUUUUCACGUUGUUCACAUGUUGUUUGAAUACAAUAACCUGGAGGAAAGCUACGAUGAUGUCACUGUAAAGAUAAUCUUUGCCAUCGUCCAGGCCGUUGGGUUCUUUAACUCUUUCAACAACCCCGUGGUCUACACUUUUAUGAACGAGAACUUCAAGAAGAGCUUCGUGGCUAUUCUCUUCUGCAGCUUGCGGAGCUCCGAGCCAGCCGACAAGCAGGAGAGCCAGCAGCUGGAAAGGGCCAAAAUGGGACCCUCGACCUGUUGCAUCAGGAAGGAGGGCAGAAGCUUGCACAGCCACCUGAGUGCAGAGAACCUGGAACUGAGACUCUGUGAGCGGGUGCCAUCCGCGAAGCUGGAGUCAGUGCUUUCAGUGGCGGUCAUUACCUACCCCAUGGUGAGCGCCCAUAAGGAGAUACUGCCCAAUGGACAGUCAGCAUGA